GAAGAACCAAAGAGCAACUGACUCUUCAUCGCUGUCUAAGUAUGCAGAUCAAAGUUCAACAAAAGUAGCUCACUACUGUGCCGUCCGAGCUGGUGCCCCCUGAAUUUUGCAAGUUUAUCUUUGCGUUAACUAACGUUUUUCACAGACGUACAAAAAAAAAAACACGAGGGCGCCGCGGCCCUAACCUCUACUCUAAGAUGGCCGAAGGACAUCACCACGAGCUCAACGUGGAGCAUGCCUAUGGCGUUCUCAAAUGUUACAUUCUCAACUGUUACAUGAUUUGUAAUGCAAAAUCACAAUCAGAAUCGACACGAUCAAGCUGCUUCGCAUGACAAAUUCGCGAAGAGCCAAACAGGCCGAGAAUCUUUGCUAGAUCUGUCAUGCAAGACGCGCAAGCUGACCCCUUUCACUUUUGCCAUUCUUGCAUCACAAACCCAUGUAACAGUUGAGAAUGUAACAGUUGAGAACGCCAUAAUGCCGUCUCCUCGAGUUGGCGCAUGCCGCAGGCGUCGGCCCGCAGCCUCGCGGCCGUCCCGAACACGAACGUCUUUCUAUCAAAGUGAAAAAAGCCCCCAGUGCAUAUCGGAAACGGAAGGUGCGCGAAUUUGUGAUGCUCUAUUUGAGUACACAAAUCGACUUGCUAGAAGGCCAAGAGACGAAGCUGCGGCCUAAGUUACAGGUAAUCUGUCAUGCUGUUUCCCACUUCCAGUUGCCUCCUGUCAUCCUGGAGCUGCAAGGCUUCCCCACGCUAGACAGCACUACAGUCCGCAUCUUCUGCCUUCUAGCAUCACAAAGCUGAUUUGUGACCACGAAUCUGCAUGACAGAUUUCCGUUUUGAUAUGGAGAGGGGGCAUUUUUCAUUGUAAUACUUUCUCGCCGGCAGCUUUCUCCCGGACAGUGCGAAAAACCAAGUCCACGUGCUCCAGUUCGCGGACGAGGAGAACGAGCUUCUGUUGCUCAAAAGCCUUGCCCUCCCACCAGACUCCGGCCCCGUGGCGUCCAUCGCGGUGUCGCCGAAACAACCCUACACCACCGCGUUUGUCACGGGGUGGAGACGAGACGACGGCGCCGUGUGGAUCUCGAAGAAGCCGGGGAAUGAGUUAAAAGACCAGAGCAACUACGAGGAGGACGGGGUGUUUGCGAGGUGUUCGGCCUGUAGUUCUUGCAGAGGUACGAGUGGAGGAACAACUUCAACUGCAAGUUCUGCACCAUCUUCGGCAUCUAACAGCUCAACAAGUUUCACCAAUUUAUCCUGGCACCACUGCCAGUGGGACCCUUUCGAGUCCUCGCGACUUCUCGUCGCCAGUCGCGAUGGCGCGACGGUUAUGAACUGCAAAAGUAUCGUAUUCGUAUAAAUGCAUUACAAAUUUCCUCAGCAUGAGAAAUAAAAUUUGUAAUGCGGAUGUGAAUUAAUAAAAUGAUUUGUAAGGCAUGAUUGCAAUACAAGUACGAUACUUUUGCAGAGGAUAACGGUCUGCGCCGUGGACACGCAGAGGAACGCGGUGGUGAGAACAAUCGGGAAGGAGGCCCUGACGAAAAGCACCGCAAGCGGUUCCACGACCUCAGUGGAAUCAUCUGCACAGCAGGACCAGCAACGGAGCGUCCUGCACGCGAUCGCCUACGAUACCCACCACAGUAACGUGUUUGCCGUCGGCCUCAAUGCCGAUCUGAAGAUCUGCGACCUCCGCACUGGCGGGUCUUCCGCAGCGUCUUUUGCCGCGAAGAUGGAGUGCCGGGACGCGCACGCGUUCGGCCUGACGGCGGUGCAGUUCAAUCCGAAUGUGCCAAAUCAGCUCUUGACGGGAGGAGAGGACGCGGCGUUCAAGAUCUGGGACUUGAGAAACACGCAGACGGCAUGUGUACUCAUCUAGUAAUACGUUUUCUUGUAUAGCGCAGCUUGGUAGUUUAAACUUGAUGAACAUGGUGCGGUAGAUUAUUUAUAUUUUCGGGUGCAAGUCCAAGUGUAUGCUUCCGCAAAAUGAAAAGCGAAGCACAAAAUCAGUAAUAGUACUAAGUAAAGAUCAUCGACUUCGACUUGUUUCAACCUGUCAGGUCCACCACACCUCCAGUGCGCAUUCCCAUUGGAUAACCGCUGUGGCGCACAAUCCCUUUCACGACCAGCUGGUUCUCACUGCGGGCAGCGACUGCCAGGUGAAUCUGUGGCGCACGAAGAAGGAGCAAAACCAGAAUUUCAGCCUUUCGAAAAACCUGAAGCAGGUCUCGCAGGAGGACGCGGUGUAUUCGGUGGCGUGGUCAGGGAACGACGCCUGGGUCUACUGCAGUUUGUCCUACGACGGCGUUGUGACAGCGUGUCGGGUGCCGAUGGAAGAGAAAUACAGGAUUCUGUUGUAACUCAUUGUCAUCUAGUCGCAGGGAAACUGAGAUUUGUCUGGAACAAGAAUACCUCUACAAGACGCGGCGCAUUGUGUGCUUGACCGUAAAGGACAAAGGCAGAGGCAGCAAGGCAUG